AGCAACUGCAGAAUUUCGCCAGCUUUCCUUAUUGACCAGUAGUAGCUUGUGAAACGGCGUUUUGAGAGCUUGUGGAGUGUUUAUAUGAGUUUAUACCGCUUGCAAGUCCUUCAGCAGGAGCUCAAUUUUUAGGCAGUUUUUUUGAAGCUUGGAGAUUGAACCUGACGGAAGAUUAGUCUUUGGUAAUCUGGGAUGCAGCAGGAUCGAGAAUUUAUGAGAUCGUGAUUGUGUUGCAAGUGGCUGAUUGAAUUUUUCCCGCUUGGAUUUUCUUUGAAAGAGACCAUUUCAAUUGAGAAAUAUGUCGCUCUUGAUCGCCAGCCUUCGGGCUCCAGCAGCUCCGGCGGCUUCGCUCCAAAACGAGUCGUUAGCUUCUUCGUCUGGAUAUUGUGUAUCCCCCAAAGUUGCACAGCGUGCCACGCUGUUUCGAAGACAUUCCCACGAGCCUGCGUCGAAACAGUUGGCGCAGCCGACAUGCUAUUACUUCGAUAGAAUUUCAAGGAUAAAGGCGUCUAGAAUGCAAGCUGAGCACUCACUACGAAGUGUUCCUGUGCAAGUUGCCCAUGAGAUGAUGAAUGCAGGUCACCGCUGCUUGGAUGUCAGGACUCAAGAAGAAUACCUCGCUGGACAUGUUGAGGGUGCUAUUAAUAUUCCAUAUCUUGUAAAAUGUGGGCCUGGCAUGAAAAAAAAUCACCGAUUUUUGGAGGAGGUGGAGGCAGAGUUUGGCAAAGACGCCGAGAUAAUUGUGGGUUGUCAGAGUGGCCGCCGAUCGAUGAUGGCUGCAGCUGAACUUCAAGCUGCAAACUUCAAUGGUGUUACUGAUAUGGGAGGAGGCUACGUUGCCUGGAAGGAAAGUGGUCUUCCCGUUGAAGUCAGUGGUCGUAGAACUCAAAGUCAUUCUGUAUAGUCAACAGCCUCUGCUGCUACUUUCUAGAGUUGUUGAUCUGAGCAGCUGUGCAUAGUUUUCAGCGUAUUAGCACACUUGUAUACUGUAGUUGGUUUUAUUUUUAUUUUUCAAUAAGAAAACCGUAUAAAUGUUUAAAAAAUUACACUUUAUUUAACGUAGGAGGUGGAGGAAUCACGUCGGCACCAGAGAACUUUGAACAUCUGAAGCGUAGUCGACAUUCUUGAAGUAGCGUGAAGUUCAUAUUUAAUAGACUCGUUGCAGGCGACACUGAAAAUAGGUAUUGAUCAGCAGCCUGAAGAGUGUCAUCCAUUUCUGAGGCCAAUUUGAGAACCUCAAACUUAUUUAAUCCAAGAUCUGGAGACAGCUUUGACGCUCUAAACUUCUGGCGAA